UUCUUUACCGCCCCCCCCCCCGUCCCCGCCCCAUUGCCUCCGCCUCCUCGUCUCCCUCCCGCUCCCGGGAAAUCGAAGCCACCGCUUAAGGGGUGGCUGAGAGAAGCACUCGCCGUCUCGGGGAGGGGACCGCGCCCGCCCCCUGGAAACCCCGGAGCACGGCGGAUACAGGAGGACAGAUGUGAGACCAGUGCACUUCUGACUCAAUGGGGCUUAAUGGGUUACGCAAUGUCCUCCUCUGCUUGAGACCUGCAGACUACAAGUUCUUCAAGAACUGAUCGGUGGUUUUUCAUCUUCUGGAAGUACAUUAGAAGCAUAAAUAUGGUGCCAAAACUCCUCCUCCUCCUCUGAUUGUGGUUGAUUUGGACAUACCUCUGUGUUAAAGAGAAGUGUGCGCACUGAGGUCACUCGUUCAGAGACUGCCGUGUAGGAUCAUGGACCAUUCUAACAGGGAAAAGGAUGACAGACAACGGACAACUAAAACCAUGGCACAAAGGAAUACACACUGUUCCCGACCAUCUGGCACAUCAACGUCCUCUGGGGUUCUCAUGGUGGGACCCAACUUCAGGGUUGGCAAGAAGAUAGGGUGUGGGAACUUCGGAGAGCUCAGAUUAGGAAAAAAUCUCUACACCAAUGAAUAUGUAGCCAUUAAACUGGAACCAAUAAAAUCACGUGCUCCACAGCUUCACUUAGAAUACAGAUUUUAUAAACAGCUUGGCAGUGCAGGUGAAGGCCUCCCACAGGUGUAUUACUUUGGACCAUGUGGCAAGUACAAUGCUAUGGUGCUGGAGCUCCUUGGCCCUAGCUUGGAGGACUUGUUUGACCUCUGUGACCGAACAUUUACUUUGAAGACGGUGUUAAUGAUAGCCAUCCAGUUGCUUUCUCGAAUGGAGUAUGUACAUUCAAAGAAUCUCAUUUACCGAGAUGUCAAACCAGAGAACUUCUUGAUUGGCCGACAAGGCAACAAGAAAGAGCAUGUAAUACACAUUAUAGAUUUUGGUCUGGCCAAGGAAUACAUUGAUCCUGAAACCAAAAAACACAUACCUUACAGAGAGCACAAAAGCUUAACUGGAACUGCGCGAUACAUGUCUAUCAGCACACAUCUGGGCAAAGAGCAAAGCCGGCGAGAUGAUUUGGAAGCCCUGGGCCAUAUGUUCAUGUACUUCCUUCGCGGCAGCCUACCCUGGCAAGGACUCAAGGCUGAUACAUUAAAAGAGAGAUAUCAAAAAAUUGGUGAUACCAAAAGGAACACUCCCAUUGAAGCUCUCUGUGAGAACUUCCCAGAGGAGAUGGCAACCUACCUUCGAUAUGUCAGGCGAUUAGACUUCUUUGAAAAACCUGAUUAUGAGUAUUUACGGACCCUCUUCACGGAUCUGUUUGAACGGAAAGGCUACACCUUUGACUAUGCCUAUGAUUGGGUUGGAAGGCCGAUUCCUACUCCAGUAGGAUCAGUUCAUGUAGAUUCUGGUGCAUCUGCAGUAACUCGAGAAAGCCAUGCACACAGGGAACGGCCAUCACAGCAACAACCUCUUCGAAAUCAGACUACGUCAUCAGACCGCCGAGGAGAGUGGGAAAUCCAGCCCAGCCGGCAGACCAAUACCUCAUACCUGACGUCUCACUUGGCCGCAGACCGCCAUGGGGGUUCAGUGCAGGUGGUUAGCUCAACCAAUGGAGAGCUGAAUGUUGAUGACCCCACCGGAGCUCACUCAAACGCACCAAUCACAGCUCAUGCCGAGGUGGAGGUAGUGGAGGAAGCUAACUGCCUGAAAAUGCUCAACCUGUGGUGCUGCUGUUUCUUUAAGAGGAAAAGGAAGAAGACUGCUCAGCGACACAAGUGACCAGUGCCUCCCAGGAGUCCUCAAGUCCUGGGGAUUCUGGCUCCAAUUGCACCUGCAGCUCCUGCCAUUUCUCACUGGAAGGGACUCCUCUUUGGGGGUGGGUGGAGAUCCAAACCAAAAAGAAGAAAACAGAUGCCCCCAGAAGGAGCCAGUGCAGGCAGCCAGGGCCCAUGGGCCAGUGGCAAUCCCCUCUGUUUGAGCUCUGAGCGGGUCUAGAGCUGCUGCUUCUCCACUGCUUGCCCUUGGGCUCUCUGGCUGACUCUCUUCCCAUUGUUUACAGUGAAGGUGUCAUUCACAAAAACUCAAGGACUACUAUUCUCUUCCCUCCUUUCUUUACACCACCCUCAACCCUCUCCAGCAUAAAAACUACUAAGCUAAAGGGUCUGUCAAGAAGCUGGUGGUGUAGCCAAGAAGAUAGGAGGAAGAUGACAGCCCUGGGCUGCAGAGCUUCUCAAUUUCCCAGGUGUGUCUGUUAGUAUGGCUUCCUCUCCCUCUGUGCCUGGGUAACUCCAACCCAGCUGGCCACAGGGUUCAGGUCCCUCCUUCCACCUUCCCUUCCUCCUUUCCCCUCCUGUGAAGUCACACUGUAGGACACAAGCUGUGAGCAUCUGCAGUCUACUGUCCCUGUGUGUUGGCGUUCUUAGCUUUUUUGGCAAGCAAAUCCCUUGCUCUGGGCUGUAGCAAAACAUGCCUGUGGUUCUGAGCAAAGGAAAGGAAACUGACUUUAUUGCACUUUUAGUUUUUUGGGGUUUGUUUUUAUUUUAUAAACAACAUGGCAGAUGCAUAUUGUGUCUGGUUAUAUUGGGGGGAUGCUUUUUUCUGUUUCAAGGGGGAUGGGCCAGCCAAGCCAUUCAGAGAAAAUGUGGUUACAGAGGACAUUCGUGAUGGAAAGAGUCUGACUUGCAGCACUUGGAAGAGAAGAAGCCAAACUUUGUGUCACCCUGAGUGAAUACUCAGGUUGGCAAGGAAACAUACUUGAAUUUUCAUUCAUCUUCUCUGCUGCAGAAAAAAAAAGUCCCCAUCAGAGCUCCUUGACCUAAUCAGCCUAGAGUUUGAAAGCCCAGCUCCUGAGCACUUGGACUGAGCACCAAGCCAGACUGACCAACCAGAAGGCACCUGUCUCAGAGAGAAGAUACUUAACAACAGCAAAGCAAAAUUUGUUUCCUCCGCUGCCAGGGACUUCCUUCUAGAUAGCCAUGUGACUUUUUGUUGACUUGGGGGACAAAAUUAAUUACUAAACAGCCACCAUCAAUUUGCCAGUAGUGGAAAAAAGAGGGCAACAAAUCUGCUUUCCAACUGCCAGAGGAGCCUCAGGAUGCAUCAUCCUAGGAUCAGCAUGUCCUGUCUGCCUCAAUUGAGUUAGGACAUUUGGGCUGGUCUGCCUUAGAAGCCAAACCUGUGAUAAUCUUGGAGCAGGUCCAUAGCAAUAGGCUUAGAACUUGGUACAUGGGGCUGCAGUAAGCAGGAAAGGUAAGAUUGGUUGGUUCUGGGAAAGUCCAGAGAAAAAGAAACAGUAAUGAGAGGUUUAAAAGCUUAACAAAUGAACAGACUCUUUCCAGCUA